CCGAGUCAGCUGGAGCACCUGUGCAUCAACCUGUGCGCGGAGACCAUGCAGCAUUUUUACAACACGCACAUUUUCAAGUCCAGCGUGGAAUCGUGUCGGGACGAGGGGAUUCGCUGUGAUGUCGAAGUCGAUUAUGUCGACAACGUCCCCUGCAUUGAUCUCAUUUCUUCCCUGAGGACGGGCUUACUGAGCAUGCUCGACGUGGAAUGCUCGAUGAGAGGAAACCCCGAGACCUACAUCCAGAAGGUUCAGCUCCAGCACAAGAAGAACUCGAGGUUGCUGGAGACGGACCCGAGCGAUGCCAGGGCGUUUGGGAUCCAGCAUUUUGCGGGGCGGGUCGUGUACGAUGCGGCCACUUUCUUGGGUGAGGGGUCGGAUUGGGUCGGGUUGGGUCGUUUCUGGGGGGUCGGGCUGGGA